AUGUCUCGACUGCUUCAUGAAGAAAUGAAGCGGAAGGAGCAAGGAAGUAAAGGUGAUGAAGCUUCGCAAGGUCAAGCGUUCAUCACAAGGGACAAUCAGCGCAAAGGGCGACCAGUGAAGAAGUCCUGGCCGUGCCACAAUUGCGGAAAGAUUGGUCACUGGAUGGCGGAGUGCCCCUCGCGCAUCCAAGAAAACACGGAGAGACACCGGCCACAGCGUGCUCAAGACAGCGGCGACCGCUAUCGAUCACAACGUGCAAACGUCGCUCAAGAAGAAGACUCGGGCGACUACCUCUUUUCGAUCGGUGAAACGACAUCUGCGAAAUCGAGCGACAUCUGGCUGGUCGACUCCGGGGCGACGCAGCACAUGACGUGCUCCAAGAAGUUCAUGCGGAACUACAAGGGGUUUGACGCUGUGGAUGUCCAUCUCGCGGAUGAUGGAAUCGUCCAAGCAAUCGGCAGUGGGGACAUUGUCAUGUCGAUGAAGACACCCCAAGGGAUGAAGAAAGGUGUGCUCACAAACGUGUGGCACAUCCCAAAGUUAUCCAGAAACCUGUUCUCGGUCGGCCGCUUCACCAAGGAUGUCGGCCCAGUGACGUUCACGAAGGAUGGGUGCUAUGGAGAAGCGAAAGGGACCAAGUGGAAAAUUGGUGCCCGUGAAGGUAAAGGACUGUUCAAGCUGCAAAUGACUCCAGUGGCGCCGGAACAAGCAAAUGCAGCCAAGUCGUCGGGAUGUCAAGGGGGCACCAAGUCGUACCUCUGGCACCUUCGGCUUGGCCACAUAGGUCACGAUGGACUCAAUUGCAUCGUGACGAAGGACAUUGGAAUUGGCAUCGACAUAUCUUCGGUGAAGAAGUGGGACGUGUGUGAAGGUUGUGCUCUGGGAAAACAGACUCGAGUGCGCUUCCAAUCAAACACUACAGCUCGCACCUCCAAACUCCUCGAAGUGAUUCACAGCGACGUAUGCGGACCGAUGUCGAUGGCAACUUUCAGUGGAAAACGGUACUUCGUGACAUUCAUCGAUGACAAGUCAAGAUACUGUGUCGUCUAUCUGCUCAAGAGCAAAUCUGAAGUUGCGGCGAAGUUCAUGGAAUACGCUGCGAUGGCCGAAACGCAAACCGGAAAGCGCGUGAAGUACCUUCAAAGCGACAAUGGGGGUGAAUACAAGUCCGACAAGCUGGCACGAUUCUGCGCGGAACGGGGAAUACAACAAAGGUUCACACCCCCAUAUACUCCUCAGCUAAACGGAGUAGCUGAGAGAAUGAAUCGCACGCUGGUCGAGUGUGCGCGUUGCAUGAUGGAACACGCUGGACUGGGAAAGAGCUACUGGGGUGAAGCAGUGAUGACGGCGAUGUUUCUUCGAAACCGCUGUCCAACACGUGCCAUUCACCAAGACAAGUCUCCAUAUCAAGUGUGGACGAUGAAGAAACCGAUUCUGGCCAACCUUAAAGUGUUUGGAUGCCACGCGUAUGUUCAAGUGCCUCAAGACAAACGCGCGAAGUUCGACUCCAAGUCAUCACUCUGUCGUUUCCUGGGAUACGCCGAGCACCAGAAGUCAUAUCGAUUUGAGGAAGUGUCUACAGGAGCGAUCAAGAUCAGUCGCGAUGCCACAUUCAUGGAAGACAAGUUUGAUGAAGGUCCGCGCAACUACAACGAUGAGUCAAGUGCCGUUGAGUUUGAUGAUCAAGACGAGGACGAAGAAAAAGAAGAAGGUAAAACUGACGACGACAUGGACUCGAGCGACGAUGACAACGAAGACACCAGGUCUUCGAAGAGCAACAUCAAGAGACACACGCGCACUCAAUCACUUGAGAAAGCUACCGUCAUUCCAAGUCCCAAGCGAAGAACAUACAGAGGUCCGUCGCUUGAGCAUGUGUCAGCGGCUGCAAUGGAUUUUGAAGCAGCCUACAUCGUUGAUUCAGUGGGGGAAACGCCGACUACAUUCAAGUCGGCGAUGGAAUCAAGCGACUCCGGCAAGUGGAAAGAAGCGUGUGACUCGGAGUUCGACUCGCUUCAGAGAAACGACACGUGGGAAAUCGUGCCUCUUCCGAAAGGUCGCAAGGCCAUCGGGUGCCGAUGGGUUUUUCGUGUAAAGGAGAAUCAAGAUGGCGAAGUUGAACGUUUCAAGGCAAGACUUGUGGCCAAAGGAUUCUCACAGAAAUUCGUGAUGAACUUUAGACUUCUUGGUCCGAGUGCAAAACGCAAAGUGAAUAUAUAUUUAUAA